UACAUGCCUGCGAAUCUAGCACUGUGGAGGCAAUACUAGUUUUGGAAAUGUGCUUUUGUUCUUGUUGUAGUGCGUGUGGGAAUAAUUGAGGGCAGCAUUUGAUAGCCUGAGAGUUUUAAGGUGGCAAAACAAAAUUUGGUGCUAAUUUUGCAAUGAGUCGAGAACAGAAGAGGGUGAAACAGGAGAAAGGCUCCGAUGACGCUGAGAAGGUUGUGGUUGCGGUUAAGGCGUCCAAGGAGAUUCCCAAGACUGCUCUGGUUUGGGCAUUGACUCAUGUUGUUCAACCUGGAGAUUGCAUUACACUGCUUGUGGUUGUGCCAUCCCAAAGUUCAGGUAGAAAAUGGGGCUUCCCAAGGUUUGCAGGGGACUGUGCGAGUAUUAACAAGAAGUCUCAGCCAGGAACAACCUCAGAGCUGAAGGGUGAUAUCUCAGAUUCUUGCUCUCAGAUGAUCCUUCAGCUUCAUGAAGUUUAUGAUCCAAAUAAGAUAAAUGUCAAGAUAAAGAUUAUUUCUGGAUCACCUUCCGGCUCUGUGGCUGUAGAGGCCAAGAGAGCUCAAGCUAGUUGGGUUGUGUUAGACAAACACCUUAAACCUGAAGAAAAACGGUGCAUGGAAGAGCUGCAGUGUAACAUUGUGGUUAUGAAGCGUUCCCAGCCAAAAGUUCUUCGCUUGAAUUUGAAUGGUUCGCCGAAGAAGGAUGCUGAAUCUGGCUGUCAGGUAGCUUCUGAGCUUGAAAGAUCCGAAAAACAUACCAAAAAGAACAAUAAUUCUUUAAGUUCCUUACGAGGACCGGAUGUGACUCCAACUAGUAGUCCAGAGCUAGGGACACCUUUUACAGCUACUGAGGCAGGAACUUCAUCAGUGUCAAGUUCAGAUCCAGGAACUUCACCUUUUUUCAUUUCUGGAGUUAAUGGAGAUAAAAAGAAAGAGGAAUCAAUGGUCGGUAAAGAAAAUCAGGUCCUUGAUGACAGCAGUUCAGAUACAGAUAGUGAGUGUUUAUCUACAUCUUCAGGAAGUAGGAGGUUCCAACCAUGGAUAGCAGAGUUUCUAAAUUCUCAUCAUCAAUCCUCACAACACACAGAAAGUUCACACAGAACUAAUGAUAAUCCUAAUGGACCGAGUACCAAAGCUUUGCUUGCAAAAAUCUCAAAACUUGAAAGAGAUGCUGAAAUCGGAAUGUCCAAUUAUAGAAGUGACAUGGACUUCAGUGGAAAUCUAAGAGAAGCAAUUUCACUGUCUAGAAAUGCGCCUCCAGGCCCCCCUCCAUUGUGUUCGAUAUGCCAACACAAGGCACCUGUGUUUGGAAAACCUCCAAGGUGGUUUAGCUAUGCAGAGCUGGAGCUUGCUACGGGGGGAUUUUCACAGGCCAACUUCUUGGCUGAAGGAGGGUUCGGUUCUGUUCAUAGAGGGGUGCUACCAGAUGGCCAGGCUGUUGCUGUCAAGCAACACAAAUUGGCUAGUUCUCAAGGGGAUCAAGAGUUUUGUUCAGAAGUUGAAGUCCUGAGCUGUGCUCAGCACCGAAAUGUUGUAAUGUUGAUUGGCUUCUGUAUUGAGGACAAAAGAAGAUUGCUCGUUUACGAAUACAUAUGCAAUGGGUCAUUAGAUUCUCAUCUAUAUAGACGAAAUCGUGAGCCUUUAGAAUGGUCUGCACGGCAAAAAAUUGCUGUGGGAGCUGCUCGAGGGCUGCGUUAUCUUCAUGAAGAAUGUAGAGUGGGUUGUAUUGUGCACCGUGACAUGCGGCCCAACAACAUCCUAAUCACUCAUGAUUUUGAGCCACUGGUUGGGGAUUUUGGCCUUGCAAGGUGGCAACCUGAUGGAGACCUGGGUGUGGACACGAGAGUUAUUGGAACAUUCGGAUAUUUGGCGCCUGAAUAUGCUCAAAGUGGUCAAAUCACAGAAAAAGCUGAUGUUUAUUCCUUUGGGGUGGUGUUGGUGGAACUUGUUACUGGGCGAAAAGCAGUGGACCUAAACCGGCCAAAAGGGCAGCAGUGUCUCACUGAAUGGGCACGCCCACUGUUAGAAGAAUAUGUGAUUGAUGAACUAGUUGACCCUAGCCUGGAAAGCUUUUCAGAACACGAGGUUUAUUGCAUGCUGCAAGCCGCCUCUCUUUGCAUACGGCGUGAUCCUCAAACUAGGCCUCGCAUGUCACAGGUUCUGCGUAUACUAGAAGGCGACAUGGUAAUGGACUCAAAUUACAUGCCAACACCCGGGUAUGAUGUUGGAUGCCGGAGUGGUAGGAUUUGGUCGGAGCACCAGCAGAAGGAACAAUAUAGUGGACCCCUGGAUGAGGCAUUGGAGGGGUACGGAAAGCUCUCUCUUGAAAAUUCGAGGCUAGCUUUCUGGGAGAGGGACAAGGCAAGGAGGACUUCUUCAUGUGAAGACCAUCUGUAAAGCACUCAACCUUUUAGAAUUUUACAUAUAUGGUAGAAUGACUACUUAUGUGCUCGUUUUUGUAAGGUAAUCCAUGUUCCUUAUGUCUUCUUACAAUGCCACCUGCAUUUCUUCUGUAUAGUAAAGGAAGAGGAUAG